AUGAGUUCGGAAUCCCUUUUUGCAACAGGCUUCUUACUUCGCCUGGAGUCGGGGCCAACCGACUGCCCAGAUGGUGGCAAGUGUGUGAUGAACAACGAGUGGUACUCGCAGUGCGAACCCGAGGCAGCAGCCGAAGCCCCAGCUCCCUCGCCCGGCGCAGUGGAGGCCAAGGCCGAGAAGCAGGAGCAGCCACCCCCGGAAAAGUCCAUGGGGCCGCUGCCUUCCCGGCCGAAGCAGCCCGCACCAAAGACCUACGAGACUCUGAAUCCCAUCAUCGCCCGUGGGAACUUCCUUUAUGACUCUGUCACUGGAGACCGGUUCUUCGCCAAGGGCGUGGCAUACAACCCCAGAAACGAGAAAUACGACCAUUCUUUUGGCUCUUCCGUGCAGAUCGCCGGCUGGGUGGACAAGUGUGUGCCAGGAGAACCCAAGGGAGGCUACUGGGGCUACACUGCAGACGUCGUGUCAGAUGAGCGCGAGGAAUUCUGGACAGCAGAUUUGGAAGCGAGCCCAAGCUUGAUGGGCUAG